AUCGUAGCACAUAUUCUAAGAAUGAAGACUGCAUUCAUCACAGGUGUCAGCGGCUACAUCGGCGGCGACCUGUUGUCGGUGCUGGCCAUCCAGUAUCCGAACUACCAUUACCGCGCGCUCGUCCGGAGUGAGAAAAGCGGCGAAUUGAUAAAGGCCCAAUUCCCGGCGGUUGAGAUUGUACACGCAGAUUUGGACGACCUGGAAACAUUGCGAAAAGAAAGCGCCAGCGCCGAUAUUAUCGUUCACACGGCGGAUGCGUCAGAUCAUCUUCAUGCAGCGCAGGCAAUUAUCCGGGGUGCAUUGGAGGGCCAUGACGAAGAACACCCCGUAUAUUUGCUGCAUACGAGCGGAACUGGCAUUCUCUCGUUUCUGGAUACGGAAAAUGGAGUGUAUGGGGAGAGACGGGACAAAAUUUAUGAUGACCUAGAGGGUGUUCAAGAUAUCCUCAGCUUUCCCGAUCACGCAUUUCAUCGGGACGUGGACAAGUUCGUGCUUGGGGCCGGUGCAGAGCAUACGAAGGUCUUAAAGGCUGCUAUCAUCUCCCCGACGACUGUUUAUGGUUGCGGUCGUGGACCCUGCUCGCAGCGCAGCCGACAAGUAUAUGAGAUGUCCAAAUACACUCUACAAAACAGAAAGAUCCCCAUCAUCGGUCGCGGUCUCUCAAUCGGCGGUAACAUCCACGUUGCCGACGUGACCGGUCUUUUUGUCCUCCUCUUUGAGCGCGCCCACCAUGGCGACAAAGAUGCUAGACUCUGGGGAGGCGAAUCAUACUACAUAGCUGCGAACGACCAGCACUGCUGGGGAGAUGUAGCCAAGCUGGUUGGAAAGACCGCUGUAGAUGAAGGAUUCAUUCCGUCCGCUGAGGUACAGUCUUUGGACGUUACAACUGCGCGUCGGUUGGCGGGUUUUGAGGCUGUGAGUUGGGGGUUGAAUAUGCGGUCUCGUGCAAAGAGGGCGAGGGAGUUCUUGGGUUGGGAUGCUAGUGGGCCUUCGCUGGAAGAUGAGAUUCCGGGGAUUGUCCGAGAAGAAUGGCAGCGUUUGCAAUAGUAGGAUCUGGGUAGCUCCGGUAAUCGAAGCAGUCUUUCUAUUGCGGCAUAGAUGUCGAGCGAUGCAGGAACACGAACAACUAACACGAACACGCUUACUUUAUAGAAUGAUAACUUGCAUUAAUUAGUUAUCUCUCUUUAUCCUGCUAGUUAGAUGACGCCCAUCUUAUCAAAUUAACCUUAUCAUCCUCAUGCGGGGUAUGACACCGGCCCGAACAUCCCCACACUAGCUGACACAUGAUAAGAUCCCCUCAUAUGCCCAUCAGGGCCAUCACAAAGACCAAAUGCAAUUGUUAACCAUGGAUCGCUCC